GUAAUACUCAAUAUAUUUUUUCACCAGGAAAACAAUCGAUGCUGGUCAAGGAAAAUACCAUCGAAGAAUCCUCGGAAGCGGAGGAAAUGAUGGAGGAGGAGUAUGUGGCGGCACACGAACACGCAGCUCCCCCGAGACGCUCGCUUCGGCAUCGAUCCCCCAAUAAGCGGUACACCGAGGGGUUUGUUAAUACCCCCUCGAAAGCCGGUCGACGAAGAGCGGAACCGGAAUCGGAGGAAGCCGAGAGUGAGCAGGACCAGUCGGAAGGCGAGUGGCAAAUGGACGAACUGGUGGGGAAGGUCAAAGCGACCACCCUUUUCGAGGACCGACUGGACGUGGAAGGGCAAAAGAUUUUCGGCUUCCGAACGCCAAGGAAGCGAGGCUCGAUGAAUGUGCUGGCCGCAUCGAGUGUCCACCGGACGCCCACGGUUGGGACACCCACCACCGGGAGGAAAAGCAUCAGCAAGCUGGCGGUGGCUACGCCGAAAACUCCCAAAACUCCAACGGCGGCCGGACGGAGGAAAAGCAAGGUUGAUUUGGCCAAAACGCCGCACCGGGAGCGGACCAAGCUGAAGAAAAAUAUCAAAAAAAUCGUGCAGGACGAAUCAGGUUCGGAUUUUACGGCCAGCGACAGCGAAUAUGUUCCGUCGUCCGAGGAAGAUGAAGACGAUGAGCAUGAAGAUGAUGAAAAGGAAGAAGAAGAUGAAGAUGAUGAGGACGUGGAAGAAGCGGAAGAGGCCAAACCAAAGCGACCAGUCAUCCGGAACCAGUUGGGAUCGAUCGAUAUCGCUCCGGAGAAAGUUGGACCUUCUACUCCAGUACUGUCUGGUCAGCGUGUCAGCAGUCGUAUCCAAAGUCGCCGGAAGGCCAAUCUGGACUACGUUCUGCAGAGCGAUGACUACUUUACAUCACAUGGUUCGUCCAAAGUUGUCACAUCGGAUUCGACUUUGGACCGACUGAAGACUCCUCGAUUGCCUCACGAUCAGCUGUUCCGGUUACUUAAGGAACUUCAGGGUUCUAAGGAACAUCAAAAAGCCAUUAAAAAGUUGCACGAGGAGUACGACAGCUACUUCACCAAGUGGCUCUUGCUGAUGAACGAAGGCUACAACAUCCUCCUGUACGGAUUGGGAUCCAAGCGAAAUCUCCUGCAAUCCUUCCACAGCAAAAUGCUUGCCGACAAACCCGUCAUUGUGGUAAAUGGCUUCUUCCCCACCCUCACCAUCAAAGACAUCCUGGAGGCCAUAACCAGUGACAUACUAGAUCUCAACGUGCACAGUGCCAACUUUCACGAGCUGGUGGACAUCAUCGAGGAGGAGUUCAGCUACCUGCCGGACACGCACCUGUUCCUGAUAGUUCACAAUCUGGACGGAACCAUGCUGCGGAACAACAAGGCCCAGAACAUUCUGGCACGGUUGGCCAAGAUCGACAACAUCCAUCUGCUAGCUUCGAUCGAUCACAUCAAUACUCCGCUCAUCUGGGACUCAUCGAAGCUGAGCUACUACAACUUCUCCUGGUGGGACGUCACGACGAUGCUCCCCUACUCGGACGAAACCGCCUUCGAGAACUCGCUGCUGGUGCAGAACUCCGGUGCCCUGGCCCUAUCCUCCAUGAAGAACGUGUUCCAAUCGUUGACGUCCAACUCGCGCGGAAUAUUCUUGGCCAUCGUGCGCUACCAGCUGGCCAACAAGGGCAACCCGCACUAUCCGGGCAUGCUGUUCAAGGAUCUGUACUCGAGCUGCCGGGAGGCAUUCCUGGUAAGUUCGGAUUUGGCGCUGCGAGCGCAGCUGACAGAGUUCAUCGACCAUAAGCUGGUUCGGAUGAAGCGAACCGUUGACGGGGCGGAGAAUCUGCUCAUUCCGAUCGAGCACGGACUGCUGCAGCAGUUUGUGGAGGAGAACGAAGAGUCGUAGCCUUUUGCGGGAAGGUAAGUGGUAACAGUUAUUAGACCUGUUUGGCUAUAUUUAUUGCUUGAAAGUACAAUCCUGGGAGGGCUGAUAACAUUAUUAAAUCGAAUUUUGUUAAGUAACA